AUGCAACGGGAGGUUGGUGCUGUGCACAACAGUACCUCAAGCAACAAACCCACGUGCUGUCAUUUCGCACGGGUACAAAACAGAUUCUCUGUGAGCGAGUGUGACAUUCCAGUAUCUAGGGUGACAUGCCAGGGUGGUAUCCAUGGAGUAGUUCAAGAUGAGGUCAUUCGCUCAUGCGAAGUGAGGGACAUCUCACAUCUGUUCCUUGUUGGUAGUGGACUGCAGCGCAAUAAUGACCAAAAUUCUGCAGGUCCCAAAAUCUAUGCAAUACUGUACUGCGAUUUACUGAAGACACAACAGCAGUGUACAGUACAGGAAGGAGCGAGUAUGGCAGGUGAGACUCAAUUAAACCGGUCAAUGUUGCCUUGGGACUCAGGUCAGCCUUGCAGCAACACCAUUUCAGGGGCCAGGUCAUGA